AUGCCUCCUUUACAGCAAAACCAGAAAGUUGAGAAGCGACAAGCUCGCAGGCAAGAUCCUAUUCAAAAAAACUCUUCGAGGAGAACACCAAAUAAACAAGAACAACCUGUACACUCACACAUGAGUACAGAACGACCUUCUCCUUAUUCAACACCUUCGGAACAACCUCCCCUUUCACGCAUGGAGAUCCAACUACCUUAUUCAACUUUACCUACACAUGUCGUUAUGACUCCUGAUCAACGAUCUCAGUCUGAUAUCGCUUGGUACAGCUCCGUUCCUACCGAGUUAACGAAGCCUGCAGAUCCUCGACAGUCUUGGCCGAGUCAAAAUCCUCAUUAUAAUAUACGAUACGAUUGGCCACAGCAUUCGAUGCAUUCACAAUCUGCAUGGCUUCCUCGUCCUUCUCGAUAUAUAAACGUUCAAAAUAAUGAUUGGCGUCCACGUUCGCAAAAUGAUGAUAAAGCACCUUCAUGGCCUGUUGAUAAUUGGGAAUUACGUCAAUCUAAUGUCUCUGCUACUAAUCAAUCUAAUAAAUCUGAUCAUGUUUCUUCAUCUAAGAAUGACGAUUGGAAAAGUGAAGAUAGGUCAUCUCCUUGGGGACAAGUCGAAAACUGGGAAUUGCGAUCAUCUAAUGUUUCUAAUUCUGUCCAAUCUGAUAUGCCUACUCCUCAAAAUAACAAUUGGAGAUCGCAUUCACAAAAUAUUAAUAGGUCUUCUCAUUGGCAACCUGUAAAAAAUUGGGAAUUACAACCUCCACCUAAUAUCUCCGGUCCUAAAUUAUCUGAUAUGAUUGUACCGUUUCCAAAUAAAGAUUGGCAACUACAUUCUCAAAAUUUUAAUAGUUCUUCACCGUGGCAACAAGUCAAAACCCUGCAAUUUCAACCACCUUCAAAUCUGAAUUUGAUUCAAAAUGAUGAAUGGCAUUCAUACUCUCCAAAUGAUGAUAUGUCCUCUCCUUGGAAACCAGCUGAGGGCCUAGAAGUAAGAUCGUUAAACGUUACUAGUUCUAUGCAAUCUAGACAAUCCGAUAUUGUUACACCUUCGAAAAGAAAGUCUGGUCAAAAAGGUGUUUCAAAGAUAGUAAAAAAGCCUAAUAUAAAAGUUGUUCGACAAGAUUUAAAUCUCUUAAAAAUUCCAAAAACAUCGGUCUCGAGAAAGCCUAAUACUGAUAAUGUUUCCCAUGAAGGUGACGAUAAAACUAUUGGUGAUAACAUGCAGGUCAUUUUUUCUGUUGAAGAACAAGUUUUUACAUCUAAUGGAAUCUUGACAGCUUCUGAUGAUACAUCAUCUUCGGUCUUUUCCGUUUCUGAUCAAACUGAAUCUGAAUUGGUAUCGCAACAAAAAAAGGACAAUUCAUCUAAUGAUAAUUCUAUGUCAAUGUUAACUCCUCCUUUAUCACAAACCGAUGGAAAGCAAUUCGAUUUUGUUGUACCACAAACUGAAGAGUCUUCACAAACUGAAGAGGCAUCAAAAUCUUUACAAAUUGAUUUAGAUAUGUCGGAAAAGAAGAAUCGAAAAAAAAGUUCAAAGUUGGGAGUAAAAUCUAAUGCUAAGCAUACUUUUAAUGACUUGGAUUCUUUAAAAUUCCCUUUAAAGAAAGCAGUCGAAGAUAACGCUCCACUCUUUAUCUUUGCCGAAGAACAAGCUGCUACAUCUAAAAGUGAGGCUUUUGCAAAAACGAACGAUUUGUUAAAUAAUGCUAGUUCGUCAACGGUUCCAAUCCCCCCUGCACAACAAACGGAAGUAUCACAAUCUUUACAUGCUGAUUUUGUUACUGCAGCGAAAAGAAAACGUAGUCAAAAUAAAGAUGUAAAACUAGGAGGAAAUUUUAAUGUAAAAUCUAAUUGGAAAGACGUAAAUAAUUUGAAAUCCUCACCUAAUAUCUUAGUCCUGAAAAAACCUGAUGUGAAGAAGGAAACUUCGCGCGAAGUUGGAGAAAAAAUUGUUAACAAUAAUGACCCAGCUUUUAUGAUUCGUGAAGAACAGGCCACAAAACCUAACAGUGAAGGCUUAAUAUCAACCAAUUAUUUAUUAAAUAAUGCCAAUUCUUUGAUAUCCCCGAUUUUAUCUAUACCACCGAUUGAAGAAAAAUCUCAACAUUUACAAGCAAAUACAAUAUUAUCAAAAAUGGAAGAAGAAUCGCGGCCCGUACAAGCUGGUUCGGACUCGCAACAAACCAAGGACGAGACGCGCUCAACACAAGUCAAUUUGGACUUAGAAAAAGUUGAAGAAGAAUUACAACCUGUACAACUCGAUUCGGUUGCAUCAACGAAAAAAAAUUUGAGCGCAAAAAAAAGCUCGAAACCGGGACGUAAGCCGGGUGUAAAGCAAAAUCGAAAAGACCAAAAAUCUCUGAUAACUGCUCAAGUUAAAAAUAGUGCAAGAGUAACGUCACGUAAAGGCAAAGAAAAGGCAGUCGAUAAUGCGCCAGCAGCUAGGCCAGCUGAAGAACAAGCAUCUACUUCUAAUGGGGUCGAGCCAAUGAAUUUUUCAUUAAACGGUAGAGCUGGAUCUUCGACUGAUGCACAAUCAAAGCCCAUUACAAAGGCGGCAGAAUCCUUAUUCAAUUUCUAUCAAUCUCUAAAGCCACCAUCGCCAGGACUAACAAGAGAACAAAUGUUGCGACUUGGAACGUACAUUUUUGACGAACUUUUGUCGACAUCAUAUGCUCGCCCGUUUGUAAAUCCCGAAGCAGAAGAUGCAUAUUACUAUAGGUCAAUAAUUAAAGAUUUGAUGGACUUAAACACAGCAGAACGUAAACUUUGGGCUAGAUGUUAUUCUUCUCCAUUAGACUUGUAUAAAGACAUUUGUCAAAUCAUGUAUAAUGCAUUUAAAUUUCACCGAGAAGGUGAUAUUAUUUAUGAGGAAGCGAAACAACUAUCAUUAUAUUUCCAAAAAGCUGUACUUACUUUGAGUGAAAAUGGCAAUACUGCACAAGGAAUUUCUGAAUCAUUGGCCAAAAAUAAUGUAACCCUUCCUCAUGAAGAUUUCAGGAAACUUUCUAUUUGUACUCCCCAUGCUGAAAGCCGAAUUUAUAUUACGACAUUGUGCAAUUUUCUUGACAAUAAUAAAGCUGGUAUACAUCGCAAGCUUAAAGAAUCUGUAAUUGAUAGAUUGGAUCCUUUGGCGCGCCCUCUUGGUGAAAUAAUGAACUUAGAGCUUAUACCAUUAAUGGAAUUCGAUCCCUCUGUGUCAACCUGUAAUUUUGGGCGAUUAUACGUUGUUUCUGGUCGGUCAUCUCUCGCACAUUGUAGAGAUGGAAAAAACUCUAUUCUAGUUAUACUCAAAAAUAUCACAUAUAAUAGAAAUGAGGAUUCAUUAAAAUGUAACGCUCUUAUUGCAAAACCUUUUGGGGAGCUACACUUAUUAGAUAGUAUGCAAUUUCCUGAAUUAGUCGAUGCAAGAGCAUGGAUUAAAUGUGCAUUUAUAAAUCGAGUAACACUUGAUAUUACAAUUACGCGAAAAUUCUAUGAUAAAUAUGUAAAAAAUACUUAUCAAGUUUUGGAGUAUCAAAAGGAAUUGUUGACUCCUGAAUUACAUGAUGUUUUACUUGAUGCUUUACAGUUAAAGCAGCAAGAAGAUGCAAUGAUCGAACCUCAAACUCCUCAAUCUAUUUGGGAACAUCUUGUUAAGGAGGCAAAAGCACGAAAUGUUCCUAUUGAAAGUUUCCAUGAUCUCGGAAACAUUAAAAUUGAGGCUGAAGGGACUUUCAAAAGAGUGUUUCAUUUUGCUGAUGACACUAGUUUUGUUGUUCAAAACUUUAAGCAAAUCACGUCAGACACGUUGGAAACUCGUGUUAGGGAGGCCGUGUGCUGUCUUAAAACUAAAGGUGUUGCAAAUGCGGGUCAGAUUAGGUCAAUUUAUAAGAGUCCCAGCGACGAAUUAGUCGGACUAUCAAUGGAAAGGUACAAGCAAACUCUGAAAGAUUAUGCUUUCAAUUCAAGGCGUGUCUUAACGGGUGAACAAAAAUAUAAGCUCAUUGUCGAUAUGCUACGAGGUAUCCGAGCCAUUCAUCAUGCCGGUUUUGCACACCGUGACCUCUCCGAGGUCAAUAUGAUGGUAUCGGAAACUGGCGAAAAAUUGAAGGAUGGUAGCAUAAUGCCUGAAUUGGUUAUAAUCGACUUUGGUAAAGCUGAAUUUGUCCGACCUAUCGACGUUAAAAGAUGGUCCGUUGGAUCUGUUGAAGAUGAGAGGCUGAGCAUUUUGCCCAUGAUUAAAACACCGCCAGACCAUGGUUAUAGACUAUACAGAUCAAUUAUGACUCUUCCGAAAAAUAAUCAUGACAAAGAAAUUUUAGGGCCGUAUGACCCUUGUGCUGAAGAUAUUUAUUCGAUUGGCGUUCUAAUUUGGCGCACAUUUUCAGGUCAAGCUCCAUGGAACGGUCUUCUUGACACAAAUAUCAAAUUAUUACGAGAACUGGUGUCAAAUGCAGAAAAAAUUAGUCUCCGAAUUGAGAAGGAUGUAAGAGGCGAACAUUCUAAAAAGUUGUUGUAUCGAAGCCUCGAUCCCAAUCCACAGGCAAGGAAUAGUGCUGAUGAAUUGUUAAGGUGGGUAACAGAAGAAGUUGUUAAAGAAGAAUUGAUUAAGGAGUGGUCGGUAGGUGGCCGUUUAAAAAAGCCAAAAAUGAUGUGA